GAGCUCGCCCGCGGCAGGGCGCUGGGAGCCACCGUCGGGCCGGCCGGCCGGUCGAGGGGAUGUUGCGGUGGAUCCGACAGCAGCUGGGUUUUGACCCACCACAUCAAAGUGAUAGCCGAACUAUUUAUAUUGCAAAUCGUUUUCCCCAGCUUGGCCAUUAUGUUCCUCAGAAGUUUGCAGAAAACAGAAUAAUCUCGUCAAAGUAUACUGUAUGGAAUUUUGUUCCUAAAAAUUUAUUCGAGCAGUUCAGAAGAGUAGCCAACUUUUAUUUUCUCAUUAUAUUUUUAGUUCAGCUUAUGAUAGAUACACCUACAAGUCCAGUUACGAGUGGAUUGCCAUUGUUUUUUGUAAUAACUGUGACAGCCAUAAAGCAGGGCUAUGAAGAUUGGUUACGACAUAAAGCAGACAAUGAAGUGAAUGGAGCUCCAGUGUAUGUUGUUCGCAGCGGUGGCCUUGUAAAAACGAGAUCAAAGAACAUUCGGGUGGGGGAUAUUGUCAGAGUAGCCAAAGAUGAAACUUUUCCUGUUGAUCUUGUUCUUCUGUCCUCUGAUAGAGCAGAUGGCUCUUGUUACGUUACUACUGCAAGCUUGGAUGGAGAAACUAAUCUUAAGACACAUGUUGCGUGCCCAGAAACCGCAGUAUUGCAAUCAGUUGCCAAUCUGGACAAACUUGUAGCUGUUAUAGAAUGCCAGCAACCAGAAGCAGAUCUCUACAGAUUUGUUGGCCGAAUAACGAUAACUCAACAAAUUGAGGAAAUAGUACGACCACUUGGGCCUGAAAGUCUCUUACUUCGUGGAGCAAGAUUAAAAAACACAAGAGAAAUCUUUGGUGUAGCGGUGUAUACAGGAAUGGAGACAAAGAUGGCACUGAAUUACAAGAGCAAAUCUCAGAAACGAUCAGCAGUAGAAAAGUCUAUGAAUUCCUUUUUGAUUAUCUAUCUAAUAAUCCUCCUUUUUGAAGCCAUCCUAAGUACAAUACUGAAAUAUGCUUGGCGAUCUGAAGAAAAGUGGAAUGAACCUUGGUAUAACCAGCAAACUGAUCAUGAAAGAAACAGCAGUAAGAUCUUGAGCUUCAUUUCAGAUUUCCUUGCUUUCUUGGUACUUUACAACUUCAUUAUACCCAUUUCACUUUACGUGACGGUUGAGAUGCAGAAAUUUCUUGGAUCUUUUUUUAUUGGUUGGGAUCUUGACCUUUAUCAUGAAGAAACCAAUGAGAAAGCGCAAGUAAAUACUUCAGACCUCAAUGAAGAGCUGGGACAGGUGGAGUAUGUGUUUACAGAUAAAACUGGAACAUUGACUGAAAAUGUGAUGCAGUUUCGGGAAUGUUCUAUUAAUGGUAUCAAGUACCAAGAGAUCAAUGGCAAACUGGUUCCAGAAGGACUGAUUGAAGAUGUUCCAGAUGGAAUACAACCUAGUUUUACACAAGAGGAAGAGCUCUUCCUGAAAGCUGUUUGUCUCUGUCAUACAGUGCAGAUUAAUAACGACCAAACUGAUGGCGUUUGUGGCAGUCCUUUGCAUAGCAAUGGCAUUCCAUCUCAGCUGGAGUACUAUGCCUCCUCCCCAGAUGAAAAGGCUUUAGUAGAAGCUGCCCGCAGGGUUGGUGUUGUGUUUACUGGAGCAAGUGUAGAAAAUAUGGACCUUAAAAGCUGUGGAAAGCCAGAAAGGUACAGAUUGCUACAUGUUUUGGAGUUCAAUGCAGAUCGCAGAAGGAUGAGCGUAAUUGUAGAAAAUCCAUCAGGUGAAAAGCUCUUAUUCACCAAAGGAGCAGACUCUGUUAUUCUUCCUCGGAGUAAAGAUGGAGAAAUAGAAAAAACAAGAAUUCACGUGGAUGAAUUUGCUUUGAAAGGAUUAAGGACUCUUUGUGUGGCUUACAGAAGAUUCACAGCAGAGGAGUACCAGGAAGUGGAAAAACGUCUUCACAAGGCAAAAACUGCCCUACAGCAGCGAGAAGAGCGGGUGGCAGAGGUGUAUAACUUUAUAGAAAAAGACCUGGAAUUACUUGGAGCUACAGGAGUAGAAGACAAACUCCAGGAUAAAGUCCAAGAGACCAUAGAAGCCCUCCGACUGGCAGGUAUUAAAGUGUGGGUUCUCACUGGCGACAAGCAUGAGACGGCUGUUAAUGUCAGCUUAUCAUGCGGACACUUUCAUAGAACCAUGAAUAUUCUGGAACUUCUACAGCAGAAAUCGGACAGUGCCUGUGCAGAUCGGCUAACGCAGCUUGCCCGGAGAAUAAAGGAUGACCACGUAAUCCAGCAUGGGCUGGUGGUGGAUGGGACCAGCCUCUCCCUUGCACUCAGGCAACAUGAGAAGCUCUUCAUGGAAGUCUGUAGGAAUUGCUCUGCGGUGCUGUGCUGUCGCAUGGCGCCACUGCAGAAAGCAAAGGUUGUACGGCUGAUAAAAACCUCUCCAGAGAAACCCAUCACGUUAGCUAUUGGUGAUGGGGCUAAUGAUGUGAGCAUGAUACAAGAAGCCCAUGUUGGGAUAGGUAUCAUGGGCAAAGAAGGAAGGCAAGCUGUAAGAAACAGUGACUAUGCAAUAGCAAGAUUUAAGUUCCUUUCCAAGUUACUUUUUGUCCAUGGCCACCUUUACUAUAUUAGAAUAGCAACCCUUGUACAGUACUUUUUUUACAAGAAUGUGUGCUUUAUUACACCACAGUUUUUAUAUCAGUUCUUUUGUUUGUUUUCACAACAGACUCUGUAUGACAGUGUAUACCUGACUUUGUACAACAUUUGUUUCACUUCCCUGCCAGUCCUCAUGUACAGUCUUUUUGAGCAGCACGUGCAUCCUCACGUAUUACAUAGCAAGCCAACGCUCUAUCGAGACAUCAGUAAAAAUGCCCACUUGGGCUUUAGACCUUUCCUUUACUGGACCUUCUUGGGAUUCUCUCAUGCAUUUGUUUUCUUCUUUGGCUCGUAUCUUCUGAUGGGGGAAGACACAUCUUUGCUAGGAAAUGGCCAGAUGUUUGGAAACUGGACGUUUGGUACUCUGGUCUUCACAGUUAUGGUUAUAACAGUUACAAUGAAGAUGGCCUUAGAGACUCAUUUCUGGACGUGGAUAAAUCAUUUUGUUACCUGGGGUUCCAUUGUCUUUUACUUUAUAUUCUCCUUGUUCUAUGGUGGAAUUAUCUGGCCAUUUUUGCACACUCAAGACAUGUACUUCGUAUUUGUCCAGUUGCUGUCCAGUGGCUCUGCUUGGUUUGCCAUAAUCAUCAUAGUUGUCACUUGUUUGGCUUUUGAUGUUGUGAAAAAAGUACUCUAUGGACACCUGGAGCCCACAAGUACAGAAAAAGCCCAGCUUACUGAGACAGGCACAGGUGUCAACUGCUUGGACUCCAUGUGUUGCUUCUCAGAUGGGGAAACAGCCUGCACAUCUCUUAGAAGAGUGCUGGAACGAAUAAUGGGAAGAUGUAGCCCAACCCGCGUCAACAGAUCAUGGAGCUCUACGGAACCCUUCUUUACCAACGACCGAAGCAUCUUGACGCUGUCCACAAUGGACUCAAUUACAUGCUGACACUUUUUUCAAUGUCUUGUGGAAAUGCAUUGUGCUGGGGUCAGAUACGAGGUUACAAAUGGGUUGAGUGACCAUAUCCCUAUUUUAGCUAGUCUUCUAACCCUCUAAUUCAUAUUAGAAAAGCCCUUUUCCUCAGUGUUUCUAUUCCCCGCUCCCUAAUUGUGGGAGAUUUUUUUUUUAGGUUCCCGUUUCCUCCGAGUUCCAUGCCAACAGCUUGGGUGGAAUUGGUGGCAUUUAAUUUGAAUGUCACUGUGAAACAAUGACCAGUUUAUUGUACUAAAAAAAUGGUUGAUUUUUGAAGGCUCCAACUUAUCAUUUGCAAGAAACUGUGUUGAAAAGGUUGUUCAUAGAAGCGGUAACCUAUUAGCAUUGUUCAAGUGCAGAUCCUUGGUUUUCUAUAAUCAAGUCAAUCAACAACCCUUUUUCUUUUUUAAAUGAGCUUGAAUUUCUCCCCAAAUACCUACAAUUCAUGAAGAUAAUCAAGAUAUGACAUCCCAGCAUUACUAGAGUGGUAGCUCCAUCGCUGCAAAUGAAGAACUGAACAGAUUCUCUUCAUAUCUUUAUCUAACUAAUCUUGGGAGACUUUGAACAUGGAAAAAUCAUGAAGAAGCCAAAAGAUACAUUAUUUUUCCUGUUUCUGCAAGAGCUGCAAAAGUAAUGGUGGCACUUGUACAUCGUUAACAUCAAAUAAAGCCCAGUUUGGAGCUAUAUAAGAGGUCAUAUUGCAAAACAUGGCCUUACGGGGAAGAACUUACAUGCAUGAACUGGGUUUUUCUUUUUCCCCUGCCAUGAAUCAAAGGCUGCUUAUGGAGUCAUGCUGAGAGCAGCAAUCCCUGCAUUUCCUUCCAGAUAACAUCUGGUAAAAGGCUAUCUGUAACACGAUGCCACUGCAUUCAGUAUUCCCACCCACCCCCCACUUCAUUGACUGUUGUCUUUGGAGGGAGGAAAACUGAGUGCCUCACACAUGUUCUUUUACCAGAUGUCACUGCCAUGAAGUGGGGUUGUUAUUCUCAGCAGCUGCAUGUUUCUUGUAGGGUCUACUUUGGAAGUCCCACUUCUUUCUCCCCAACAGUGUUGAGGGCACCUUUUCUAAGGGUGUGGGCGGCGUCUUCCAAAAAUGGGACAGCGGUCGAACACCUCACCUUGUGUGUGGAGGUCAUUGUUUCAUGGAUUGGGCCAAACACUUGUAAAUUGUACUACUUUUAGGAAUGUCUGCACGUUUUGUCUUUCAAGUGCAUUUUUUUCCUUAUAAGGAGGAAGAGCAUAUGCCAAUAGCACUCUGACACAGCUCCUGUUCAUUCCAUGAGGUUUGCAAGGGAGACCUUCCCAACAGAUGAUGCCCUUGCAGUCAAAUGACGUACUUUGCCUUCUGUCCAACCCCCCCUCCCCCUUUCGAAUGCCCUCAUUCAAAAGUGGUCCAUUCCAUCAAUUUCACAAAAUCACUCAUUCAUAGACACUGUUGCCAUUCUGGUUUGUCCUUUCAUCUUUGCAAGUAAACUUGUUAGAAAACGCAUCAGACUCAAACAAUCCAGCUCCAAGCAUUUAAUUACAGUCUUUAUCGUACAAUGUAUAUUUUCGGGUUUGCUUUUUGUUUGAAGAGUUAGAAUUGAAAUAUUUUAUCCACAGAUGCGCAGUUUUUAUUUGAAGUUAAACUGACUGCCAUUUUUUUUAAACUUCCCCAUUUGUUGCCCUCUUUCUCCUCCCCUUCUCAGUGUGUGUAAGGGUACAGAAGAAGCAUGCAUUUAAACAAAUUCAGGAGGAGUAUAAGAAUCCAUCUUGUCCAAGCCAGGUAUAACUUUCUAUCUAAGAAAACAAAACAAACAUACAAAGUGAAGAUGUAUUUCAUUGUUUCAUUUGUUUGUGCAUGAUAAACAGGACUUGGGUCAAAUGGAAGCAGAGCAAUUAUAUUUUGUAUUGGAUCAGAAAUACUUUUAUAAUUUCUUUUCAAAAAGAAGAAAUAAUAAUGUUUGUGUAUUUUUGAUAACCUGAUAUGUUUAGUUCUAGGUUCAGUCAUGUGCAAAUGUGUUAGCUGAGCAAAAUGAACCAAGUGUGGGAACUUGGUAUGAAAUUAAUGAAUGACAACAUAUUGUUGAGAAGUCGGCAGUUUUACCUGCAUUAUUUUCCCCCCAGAUCUGGGUUAUGUUCUGUAAGUCACUCCAAUGCUUGGGCGCACAUAAGAAACCUAGUCUCAAAUUAUUAUUAUGCACUGCUGCCACUUUGACGGAAUCUGAACGACAAAAUGUCACAUCUCCAGUUUAAAGAAUUCGCCGGUCAAAUGUUCAUGAAAGAUUCCUGGUCCAAAAUACUGUGGGAUUCUGAUGAUGAUGUUCCAUCUGACCUGGACCUUCUGCAUUCAUGACAGUUUGGAGGGCUUCGUGGCAGUAGGAACUCAAGCAAGGAGCUCCCCUUGAACUUGAUGUCAAUGGAGAAUUCUGUGUGCAUCAGCAGAACCCUUGUGUUGUCGUUAGAAUUGCUAGAUAGAUUGAGACUGGCGCCAGGGUGUUCCAGCAAUUCAGAAAUCUAUCCCUUCUAUGAAAGAUGACAUGAUACAUGGCUGUCUUCUUCUGCCACAGUCCUGCAUGGAAUGGCCUGAUGUGGAUUGUUCUAUGUGUUGGUCCCAGUUAACUAAGGCCUAAUCUACACCAAGCAGGAUAUUGCACUAUGAAAGCGGUAUAUGGUAUGUGUCAAUGGCCCCAACAGUUGUCAGUGCACUUCUAUACCGCUAUAAAGCAGUAGUUUGGCUCCUGUCUUUUAUAUACCACUUUCAUGCCAUUUUCAUAGUGCAAUACCCUGCUUGGUGUAGAUUAGGCUUAAAUCUGCUCUUGAGUUCGAGCUGAAUCUGCAGGUUCCCAGGUUUCUGGCAACUAUUACACACUAACUCUGGAGUAAGUUCUCUGCCUCCCUUUUUUGCAUGGGGGCUGAUUCAGGACAAAGUUUUGUGACUAAUUUUUCUACCUUCGAUAUGUUGUAUUUUGGCUUUACUAAUUUUGCCCUCAGCAGGUUCAACACCUGUAAAACUUGACCUCACUGACUCGUAGGGGACAGAAGGGAGCCUUUUUUCUCCUAUGGCCACCUUUCAUAAUUGCACUGCCUUGCAGAGUGCAAAGGAUGAAUCCAGAGGAAGCUUAAACAUGCUGGAAAUCAACCAGGCUUAAGGCCCCAUUCUUUUCAGUGCAUCAUAGAACCAGAUCAGACACACAAAAUUGUUCCACAGUAAAAGGGCAUGACCCUCCUCCAGAAUGCAGCUGCUUGGAGGGAGUAACUUUUUAUCUCGCCUGCCCUCAACAAAAAAUAGCAGCUGCAAUGAAAGGUCCAUCGGCUUAGACACUUCCUGCAUGCGUGCAGCUACGUCUCCAAUGCCUGUUAGAUGGUUCCACAUGGAGUGAUGUCUACAGUGGCCUGUUAAGUUCAUCUGAUUUUCACCAAGGUUGUUUGUUAAAUUACUAAAUAAGAAGUGUAUGUGUGUGUGUGUGUGUGUGGAGAAAGCAUGACUGAAACCUGGGCAUUUCUAGAUCCAGCAGCAUUGCUGCACAGGUGGGACCUCCAGUGGGCACAGGGCAUAUAUUACUCAACAUCUCCUGCUUACGCAGAAUUUUCCCUGUGCCUGUCACCUGCUGGUUUUUUGGGCAACAAAUCAGCUGACUCAGAGGUGAAACUGGGGUGGCUCCCUGCUUCUGGGCUUGCACUUUGCAUGUGUGCAUGCACUCUGCAUGUUUAGUAAGCAGAUGUCCCAGGUUCAAUCCCUGGCAGCUCUGGGUAGGGCUGGAAAAGACUUAGACCUCCUGGAGAGCUGUUGCCAAUAGCUCUGCCAGCUCAGGUGAUGGGAAUUGUAGUCCAACACAUAUGGAGGUCAACAGGUUGAGUAUAGACAAUACUGAGCUAGCUGGACCAGCGUUCUGAGUCGGUAGAAGGCAUUUCCCCUCUAACAGAUGUUAAACUUGUCAUAAAGCUGCUGCUGAAAACUGUCAUUGCUCCCUUCCCUACAAUCCUUGGGAUUGUAAUUUGGUGCAAGUAGUAAGGGUUUUUUUGGGUAGAGAUCCCCAGCCCUUCUAGAACAAGAUCAUUGUAGGGAGAAAGAAUGGCUGUGAAACCAGUUAGCUCAUCUGCAGUGCAGAUACAAUCUGAGAAUAGAGGGAUGUGUUGGAAAAUGUGAUUAAAGAUGAGUCCUAACUCUGGAAAAGCGUACAGGCUUUUCCUGGCACUAUCACCAUAGAAUAACUCCAGCAGCAAUUUGGAAACUGCCACUAUUUUGGACAUCUUAUCCUUUUUGCUUGCCAUGUUUUAACAAAUGCAUUGAAUGACCAUAACAGCUGAUAGAUAAUACAACAAAUGUUUUCGCUGACUAAAUUGUAUACAGAGGUAUAUGAGGAGAUAUUAGGAAGUAUUGUGAAUGCUUUAACAAUUCCCCCAGCCCUGAUCCAGAGACAGUUAAUCUCGCUUAAGGCUACAGUCUCGUGCACUCUUACCUGAGAGUAAGCUCUAUUUGACAUAAUGGGACUUGCUUCUGAAUACACGGGAUUAACACUCCAGUUUUCCCAUUGAGUUAAUUUUAUAACUUAACUUGUUGCCUCUGAAUUAGGGCCAAUUUGUUUUUCAAGAAUAUCCAAUGUGACAAAUAGUGCUAAUACUUUGUACUCAAUGCUUUCAAUGUGAAUUGUCAUUGACUCAGAGGAGUGCUACUUUAUUUUUUUAGCUGUGGGAUAAAAGUUAUACACACUCCUUUUUAAGAAUCUGGGAAAUAGCUUAUUUUUAAACUUGAGGGUCUCAGAUACAUUAUUCUUACUAUGCCAAAGACUGCUUCAUAAAACAUGCUUCAUUUAAAGUUCUGUUAGUUGUUCUCACCCUUACACUCAAGAAGAAACAAUCAACCAUUCUUGGUUUUGAACAAUGCGCAUGGCUGGGUGUGCUGCUCUCAAGUUUUGGAAAAUCCCUUCACAUUUUGGUACAGUUGCGAGGAACACUGAAUGUACCCCAUCCUAGCUGUUUCUACAAAAACCUGCAAGCUAAACAUUAAAGGAGCAUUGCCAAUUGGAACCCGAAGCAAUAAUUGGUACCGAAGACAUCUUGACCGCAGGCACUGUGGCCACCCCUGCCAUUGGUUUUAGAUGCUCUGUGGCAACAGAAUUUAAUGUAGCGUGCUUCCUGUCCUGCUAUGUCAAUGUUCUAUAAAAGUUUAUGGAAAUUAUAUUUAUUGAAUAAAAUUUUGACUUUUAA